AAUACUAUCACGCGAUACGUCCCGUACGUCUUCUGCUGACACGUGACGCCACCCGCAUUUUGGUGACGUCGCAGAGCAACAAAGAUGGCAGGAAUAGGAAGCAGCAACUACUGGGAAGAUCUGCGAAAGCAGGCUAGACAGUUGGAGAACGAACUCGACUUGAAGUUGGUCUCCUUCAGUAAAUUAUGCACCAGCUACAGCAGCUCCAGAGAUGGACGUCGAGGCGACACGUCGGACACCACCCCUCUGUUAAACAACUCUACCCAGGACAGAAUGUUUGACACCAUGUCGGUGGAGAUUGAACAGUUGUUAGCCAAACUGACUGCAGUGAAUGACAAGAUGGCGGAGUACACUAACGCUCCGGGCACGGCUUCUCUCAAUGCUGCACUCAUGCACACGCUCCAGAGGCACAGAGACAUCCUACAGGAUUACACACAUGAAUUUCACAAAACCAAAGGCAACUUUCUGGCCAUCCGGGAGAGGGAAGACCUUCUAGGGUCUGUCAGGAAAGACAUUGAGACAUACAAGAGUGGUUCUGGGGUCAACAACAGAAGAACAGAGCUGUUUCUAAAGGAGCAUGAGCAUCUGAGAAACUCAGACCGAUUGAUGGAUGACACAAUAAGCAUUGCUAUGGCGACCAAGGAAAACAUAACCUCCCAAAGGGGCGUGCUGAAAUCCAUACAGAGCAAGGUCAAUACACUGGCCAACCGUUUCCCAGCUAUCAACAACCUCAUCCAGCGAAUCAACCUGCGAAAGAGGAGAGACUCUCUGAUCCUUGGCACAGUGAUCGGCGUUUGCACCAUUCUCCUCCUGCUUUAUGCCUUUCACUGAAAACCAACCCUGGUGAAGUCUGUAAAGAAGCAAGAUUCAUCUGCUCUUUGUAGCACGGGAACACUCUGGGGGCUGAGCUGAGUGAUUGGAGGACCCGGGACGUUCCUGAGCAGAAGGACAAUUAGUUGGUCCAGUUCUGAGACAGGAACAAAUUUUGGCCAACAUUUUUGACUGAACCUGUAUUUAGCAGCGGGACAGAUGGAGAGUUGGUGGUUGGGUGUUCUUCUGCCAACAAGGGAAUGGAGACCAAAACUACAAAUAAGACUAGAUAAAAAUAUAUAUUGAUAAAUCACUUGGAGAGCAACUCUGUCCUGUAAAGAGACUAUGUGAUGGAUUGUUUUUUUUUCCACAGGUGGAAGGAAUUUUAGUUGAAUGGUUAUUUUUAAUUGGUGGAGUGGGAUGGAUAGUUAAUUGUGGGCUGUACAAUGUGAAUUAAUAAAUUAUUCAUAUCAGUAUGUGCAACAAAGUGUGCGACACUAGCAGAUACUCAUUUGGAACGUUUCAUAAACUGUCAUUUGAAUGUU